GACCAAGUUUCUCAACGGCUGAGAUCGAGCCGAGUGCAAGACUAGAGAGCGGAACAGAGGAGUCUGUCGAGGGUUGAUCUGACGAGUUGACUGAGGAUCAGGAUGAUUGGUUCACGUUGAUCUACGUGAUACGUACGAGGUUGUUCCUGUGGAAAUCGAUGAUCGAGUUUGAGUGAAUGUAACACGAGAGUCUCCCAGGAUGAAUCCGUCCGAGUCGCAGCAGAAUCUUCUCGCGAACGAAGCAACGGGGAGAGCGCCGUCGAUGCAAUCUUUAAGUCCGCCCACGGACUACAUUCUUGGCCCAGUUGAGAAGCACUUCCUGCUCAGCGCGGAACGAGGUGAUUGUGCCACUGUCAAAAGAUUGCUGGAAGAGAACAAGGAUCACCCGGAGAUCCUCAACAUUAAUUGCGUGGAUCCUCUCAACCGGUCUGCUCUGAUCGCCGCCAUCGAGAACGAGAAUGUUGAACUGAUCAGGCUGCUUCUCGAAUUAGGCAUUCAAGUGAAGGAUGCACUCUUACACGCCAUAAAGGAAGAGUAUGUGGAAGCUGUGGAGAUCCUACUCGAAUGGGAGGAAAGAAUACACCAGUCUGGUCAACCUUACAGUUGGGAAGCUGUCGACAGGUCGUCAUCGAACUUUACACCGGACAUAACGCCGCUGGUCUUGGCAGCGCAUAAGAACAAUUACGAAAUUUUGAAAAUCCUGCUGGAUCGUGGCGCCACGCUUCCCACACCUCACGACGCCAGAUGCGGUUGCGACGAGUGCGUGACAUCCAGCGAACAGGAUUCCCUGAGGCAUUCGCAGGCACGGAUAAACGCGUAUCGCGCGCUCACGUCGCCGUCUUUGAUCGCCUUGUCAUCGAGGGAUCCCCUUCUGACCGCUUUCGAACUUUCCUGGGAACUACGUCGGCUGAGCCAAAUGGAGCAGGAGUUUCGCUUCGAGUACAACGAGAUGCGAGAGCAGACGCAAAUUUUUUCACAGUCGUUGCUGGACCACGCUCGCACGUCUCUGGAGUUGGAGAUAAUGCUGAAUUACAAUCCCACCGGCGACAAUUGGGAGCCUGGCGAGCGGCAAACCUUGGAUCGGCUCAAGCUUGCCAUCAAGUACAAGCAGAAACAGUUCGUGGCUCAUCCAAACGUUCAACAAUUACUGGCUGCUAUCUGGUACGACGGUUUGCCUGGCUUUCGAAGGAAAAGCAUGAUCGGACAGUUUAUCGAGAUCGGGAAGCUCGGAGCGAUGUUCCCGGUGUACAGCACGAUCUACAUGCUCUCGCCGACGUCGCCGAUGGGCCUGUUCAUGAAGAAACCUUUCGUCAAAUUCAUCUGCCACUCCUCCUCCUACGCGUUCUUCUUGAUGCUUCUCGGAAUGGCGUCGCAACGUAUCGAGUACUUGGCAAUCGAAUUAUUCGGCAAUGCUUGGAUGCUGGAGAUACUGGCUGGGUGGAAGAGGCGGGAACGUGGGUGCAUCCCAGGCUUCGUCGAAUCCGGUGUCAUCAUCUACGUAAUCAGCUUGGUUGUCGGGGAAAUAAGAUCACUGUGGUCGGAUGGAUUGCUAGAGUACAUAUCGGACCUUUGGAACAUAGUGGACUUCAUUCAAAAUAUGUUUUAUGUGAUUUGGAUAAUGCUGAGGGUGACCGCGUGGAUUGUUGUUCAGAGGGAAUACUGGAGUGGCGUAGAUCCUUGGUAUCCCAGAGAUCAAUGGCAUGCCUUCGAUCCUAUGCUUCUUUCGGAGGGUGCCUUUGCUGCUGGUAUGAUCUUCAGUUUCUUGAAGCUAGUCCACAUAUUCAGCGUGAACCCUCAUCUCGGACCACUUCAAAUUUCCCUGGGGAGGAUGAUAAUAGACAUUAUCAAGUUCUUCUUUAUCUAUACUCUGGUGUUGUUCGCCUUCGGCUGCGGAAUGAAUCAGCUAAUGUGGUACUACGCGGAUUUGGAGAAGCAAAAGUGUUAUCACAUGAAGGACUUUCCGGAUCUGCCUGAUUUCGACAAUCAGGAGAAGGCUUGCUCGAUUUGGAGACGUUUCGCCAACCUGUUCGAGACGUCGCAGUCGCUUUUCUGGGCCAGCUUCGGUAUGAUAGAUUUGAUGUCGUUCGAUCUAACUGGGAUAAAGAGCUUCACCAGAUUCUGGGCUCUCCUCAUGUUCGGCUCUUACUCCGUGAUAAACGUCAUCGUGCUGCUGAACAUGCUCAUUGCCAUGAUGUCUAAUUCCUACCAAAUCAUCUCGGAAAGAGCCGACACCGAGUGGAAGUUCGCCAGGAGCCACUUGUGGAUGAGUUACUUCGAGGACGGGGACACGGUGCCCCCGCCGUUCAAUAUGGUUCCAACUGGUAAAACGUUCGAGAAGAUUAUCAAGUGCGGGAAGAGCCAGCGGCAAACCAGAUCUUUGAUUAAAAAGUCGAGGGAAAAGGCUCUGGCGAGACACGACACGGUGAUGCGAUUGCUCAUAAGGCGUUACGUAACCGCGGAGCAAAGGAAACGGGACGAGUUCGGUAUCACCGAGGACGACGUUAUGGAAAUCAGGCAGGAUAUUUCCACGUUGCGAUACGAAUUGAUCGACAUCCUACGACAGAAUGGAAUGAGAACGCCGACGAUCGACAAACAAGACGCUGCGCUUUCCGGUAAGAAGGGACGCGUGAUGGAACGUCGGCUCCAAAAGGACUUCCAAAUCGGCAUAGUGGAGGGUAUCGUGAACGCCGUGAUUCAGAGUGAGAAAGAGCCCAAGGACGUGUUCAGCCAAAUUGCAAAGGCCAUCGGCCGCAAGAGCAGCGGAAGUAAGAAGAAAGAUUGGAACGCUAUGGUCCGGAAGAACACGACUAGCAAGGACCCGAUUGGCAGCACGACCGAGGCCACGAUGAAGCAAACGCGACGCAGUAUACGCAGACACUUGCAACAUAGUCCGAACUCGGACCUGGCCUCGUUGGAUCCUAAUCGUCUGGUCGAUUACAAUCCUAACUUGUCGGAGGUGUCGCCGACCACGAGGAUCGCCUACGCGAAAUUCAUGAUGGGUCGGUCGAGGCCCGUCAAGGCAGAAGAUGGUGAAGUCAAGAACGAGGGGGAGGGAUCGCAGAAAUCCGUGCGAAUCGCAGGCGAGGUACCGAGCGGUCGCCCGGCGUUGAAGAAGAGUCUGUUGAAAUCCAUCAGCAGCGGUAGCGUGGACAAAGCUGGAGAGAAAGCUGGCGGGGCGGAAGUGAGGGCGCCGUCGCCGAUCCCGGAGGACCCGAGGGAGGACAACGUCGAGAGGUCGCCUCCGGGCAAAGCUGCCCUGGCGAAGAAACCCUCGGUUGCGAAAUCGUCGUCGCAGGAGCAAGGGGACAAGAAGGCGAGCACCGACGACGAGGAAAAGAAGAAGAAGGAGGAGGAGGAAGAGAGGAAGAAGAAGGAGGAGGAAGAGAAGAAGAAUAAGGAGGAGGAAGAGAAGAAGAAGAAGGAGACACCGAAACCCGCGCCGCGGGAAGACAACGUUCCUGUAGCCACGACACAAUUAAGAGGGAAGUCGAAGGCAACUGGCCAGAUAAUGGGCGGUUGGAUUUAACAUAAACGUUGAUAAUCUCGUCGAGGACUUACACGGUUUAUAAUUUUACAAUAGAUGAUACAUGAGAAAGAGGCAUUUUGAUUUUCACGUGUUUAUUCACUUUUUCGUAUCUGUCGCUUUCUUGAUUGUAGACGAACUGUUAUUCUGUCUUCAAGACAGAACAACCAUCGAUCACCGAUGUGACAGUUGAUUCCAUUAUUAUUCGAUGAUAAUUAAUUUUGUCGAGAGAUUUAGAUUUAGAUUUAUUGAUUACGAUAUCUUUAGAUUUAGUAUUUUCGGAUUUUUAUCUUUCAUUUCUCUGUUUUUCCGUGCCGUUUAUAACACAUUACAACGUAAGAGCGAGAUAAAAGAAACGAACAAUAUUGCGAGACAAUUUUAGGAACAAACGGACAUUCAUUCGUUGAUUGAUUCGUGGUUUUUUUUUUUAUUCGUAUACACUUAGCAUGCUGCCAACGCUUCGCGAGUACUUUCAAUUCUUUUUUCGAGUUCCGUAUGUCGGUUGGAAGGGGGCGAUUUCUUUUGAUAAAUCUUGUACGUGAUACUAAUGAUUCUUAUUCGCAUAGCAGUUUGUAAUUAGCUCUACAUGUACAUUGGUAUGAGAGGUAUUAAAUAAAUUAACGUGAUUCGAUCGUCAAUGAAUUUAUCUAACUAUUCCCCCAAUGGUGUCAAGUUAUACACUUGAAACAUAAUACUGA